CCCACGUGUACCAAAAAUGGCCUUGCGAAAGUGUUUGAAGUGUUUCUCCUUGCUGCCAACUCAUGUACCAAAGCUGCCCGCUGCUACCAGGUGCCUAGCUUCCUUACCAUUGGAUGUGGUUGAUCCUAAAAAUGAGGUCGUACGAGAGCCGGAUGCUGGAAAGAGUCCACUGGAGUGCCCUGACUACUUUGGAGUGAACAGCUUGGUGACUAUGGAGGAUCUACUGAAGGCGCGUGUGCAUCUAGGCCACAAGACUGGACUGUGGAAUCCUCUCAUGAAACGAUUCAUCCACGGCUCUCGUGCAGGACUGCAUAUUCUCGAUCUUGACCGCACCCUCCCACUAUUACACAAAGCUCUCAACGUUACUGCCCACGUUGCAUAUCGUGGAGGCAUCAUCUUGUUUGUAAACGAGCGGCCACAAUUCGAGGGUCUGGUACAAAGAACAGCUAGAGACUGUAGAGAGUUCUUUAUCACUCAGAAAUGGAGAGGAGGAACACUUACAAAUUCGUACAUGCUCCUCGGGACUCUGCGGCUGCCAGAUUUAAUGAUAUUCACGAGCGUACCCCCGAGUAAAACAGCUGUCAAAGAAACAGCAAUGGCGUGUAUCCCGUCUAUAGGAGUGGUGGACUCUGACUGUAACCCAUCUCAGAUCAUGUAUCCUAUUCCCGGCAACGAUGACUCACCAUCUGCCCUCAGGCUCUACUGCAGACUGUUCUCAGAGGCCAUUCUACUGGGUAAAGAGAAGAGAAAAUCUGACUAUGCUGACAAGCCUGAACCUGUUAGUGUUAGAACAGAAGAGUCUACGGAACUCAAAUCAAACGCUAAUAAUAAUAGUUAAUUAGUUUCUGUCAAGUCUCAUAAUUAUAUACAAUGUAGUACAGUAUCUAUGGUUAAGUAAUACUUGUAGUGUUUCUAA